AUGGCAGAACGCCCCCAAUUCUUCCCAAACACCUUAAUUCUACCAACAAUCAAUGAGGCUACUCUUACCGCGAGUCUCAAGGAACUUCAUGUUGCUGUUCGCAAUGGAGCUGAGAAGAUAAGAGAGAAUAGUCCUCUGCCCGGAUCAUGGGGCUCACAUGGCAUAUUUCGGGGGUUUCCUGGUGUUGCCCUUGCCUUCUUGCGCUUGGACUACCAGUCAUCCAUGUUAGGAAAUACAGAUGAGGCUUCUCCAGACUUCCGUCAGCUUGGUCUACAACAAGUUCCAUCGGUUUUGCCAGAGACACCUUUGCUACCAUCUCGAUUGUCCGCAAUUGGCUCUUCUUCGCCCGUGACUGCCAUUACUCUACGUGUUCUAGCUGCACUUUCAGAAGUGAACUGGGAGAAUGGGAAAGCAAACAUUGCGGUGGAGGAUAUCUCUUGCCUUCUUGAUGCAGUGCAGAUGGCACUCAAGAACGAACCUCUUGUUACCCAUGAUGGCCGCAAAAUGGGCGGAGAUGAGAUUCUCUUUGGUCGAGCUGGCCUUCUGUGGACACUCCUCAACAUUCGGGCUCAUACUUUCGAUGAACAUACUCAGAAAGCUCUCACUCCUGUUCUUGGAAAGGUCCCUGAAUUAAUUCGUGUGAUCAUCGAUGCCGGUAGACAGGGCUCGAAGAGUUACGUCGAGAAGAAUGGAAAUCAAGAGGCACAUGAAUUGAUGUACUCGUGGAUGGAAGACCAUUAUUGCUUUGGGGCGGUCCAUGGAAUCACUGGCAUUCUGGCCGUUAUUCUAGCGGCUAAACCCGAAGAGUUGGUAGAGCAUCUUCCUGUGGUUGGUGAUACCAUCACUGCGCUUUGCAAGCUAUCCAUUGCCACCAACGGCCACCUCCCAAUGACAUUGCCCCCUUUCAGCUUCGGACAACAGUCUGAGCUGGUUCAACUAUGUCACGGUACCCCUGGCUUAUUGAUCCUUCUAGCUGCUGCCUUGAAAAAUUCCGCCUUGACCCGUGCUCAUUGGGACCCAUCCUGGGAUCAGGCCAUCUACUUGGGCUCUGAGCGUGUCUGGGAAGAAGGCCUGCUUUCCAAGGGAGGCAGUCUCUGCCACGGUAUCUCUGGAAAUGCCUGGCCAUGGCUGCUCUUGCAUAAUACGUUUGAGUAUUCGUCAAAGAAUGUGAAUGAUGCCCGGGAAGCAUACCUCCAGCGUGCCCAGGUAUCAACACUGCCAAAUGCGGACGUGUCUCAGAAGCUUACAGGCGACUUCUUCCUCUCGCGUGCACUUGCCUUCAUGUUACACGCACGUGAGACUCGGCCAUACAACUCGUCUCCUGCGGAGUCUGAUACAGACUAUCGCAUGCCGGAUGCGCCUUAUGGAUUGUUUGAGGGACUCCCCGGCAAUGUUUGUGCGUGGGCUGAUACCUGCGCGGUGCUCCAAGCCAAAUUGCGCAAAAUGGAAUUGGUUCAACAGGGCGUAUGCGCUACCUCUGGUGUACCUAAAGAUCCAGCAUUUCAAGAGGCUCUACUCAAGCAAAUUGGCUUCCCAACUCUGGGUGGAAAUGGGGCCACUGGCCUCUAUUAG